UAUUAGGUGAGUGGGUCUUCAAAUUUAAGAAAAAACUUAGAAAUUUAAUUUGAAAUCAUAGGUGAGAUUUAUUGCUCACAACAAAGAUUAAUCUUUUUUUAUUCCGUAAAUUUUUAUUAUUAUUUUAUUUGAACUCUCUACAGCAUUCCGUCCAUAUAUUUUAAGAUCAAAGCCUAUCAGAUAGUAGUGCUUGCAAAUAACGCUUUCUGACCUUUUGCAGAGUCACCCGGCUCACUCACUUAUAUUCCUCCCUACAAUUCAUUUGAUUUUGGGUUCAUCCAUGGCUUCUAAAAGAACCUUAGAUCAUUCUUCUUGUUUUCCAGCCCCAAAAAAGAGAAAUGUUUCUUCUUGUUUUGUUUCUUCAUCAUCUUCAACACAAUCUCGCUGGACCUAUGACGUGUUCUUGAGUUUCAGAGGUGACGACACCCGCAAAAACUUCACCGAUCAUCUCUACGAGGCCUUGGUUCAAGCUGGAAUUCGCACCUUCAGGGAUGAUGAUGAACUUCCAAGAGGGCGUGAAAUUUCUUCAGAGCUUCUCAAAUCAAUCGAAGGAUCCAGGAUCUCCAUGGUUGUUUUCUCAAAAAACUAUGCUUCUUCAAGAUGGUGCCUGGAUGAGCUCGUGAAGAUCAUUGAAUGCAAGAAAACACUUGGACAAUUACUUCUCCCAAUAUUCUAUGAUGUUGAUCCAUCUGAUAUACGGCACCAAACAGGGCAUUUUGGAGAAGCAUUUGGAAGACACCAAAAGCGUUUUGCGGAUGAGAUGGAGAAGGUGAAGGUGAAGGUGAGGAGGGAUGCCCUCUUUGACGCUGCUAAUUUAUCAGGCUGGGAUUUGCAAAAUGUUGCAAAUGGGCAUGAAGCAAAGUUCAUCGGAAAAAUUGUUAAAGAGGUUCUAUGUGAACUGAAACAUACAUUCCUAAAUGUUGCUGUGCACCCAGUUGGAAUAGAUUCUUGUGUUAUACACAUAAAGUCGUUGUUGAGCAUUGGAUCAGAUGAUGUUCGCAUGAUUGGGAUAUAUGGCUUGGGUGGAAUAGGCAAAACGACUAUUGCAAAAGCUGUGUAUAACCAUAUUUUUCUCCAAUUUGAAGGGAGUUGUUUUCUUGCAAAUGUUAGAGAAUUUGCAGGACAACUCAACGGCCUAGUUCAAUUGCAAGAACAACUUCUCUUUGAAUUAUUAGGGAUAAAGAAUCUAAAGAUUGACAAUGUUGAUAGAGGAAUGAAUUUGAUAAAAGAAAGGCUCUAUUCUAAAAGGGUUCUCAUUGUUCUUGAUGAUUUGGAUCAAUUAAAUCAGUUAAAUUCCUUAGCAGGAAACCGUGAUUGGUUUGGUCCAGGAAGUAGAAUCAUCAUAACAACUAGAGAUGAGCACUUGUUGAAGGGACUGAAAGUUCAUGAAAGAUACAUGGCUAAGAAAUUGAAUCACAAAGAGUCUCUGCAGCUUUUCAAUUGGCAUGCUUUUGGCGAAACCAAUCCAUUAGAAAAUUAUGCAGAUCUUGCAAAUGGUAUAGUAAGUUAUGCUAGUGGGCUGCCAUUAGCUCUUGAAGUUUUGGGUUCUUAUUUGUUUGGAAGAAACAUGGUGGAAUGGAAAAGUGCAUUUGAUAAGUUACAACAAAUUCCUCAUGAGAAAAUUCAAGAAAAACUUAGGAUAAGUUUUGAUGCACUAGAUGAUAACAUAAAGGAUAUCUUCCUUGAUAUUGCAUGCUUUUUCAUUGAAAUGGACAGAGAGUAUGUCAUUACUAUAUUGAAUGGUUGUGGUUUCUUCGCAGAAAUUGGAAUUAGUGUUUUGAUUAGUAGAUGUUUACUGAGAAUUAGUGAAAACAAUAAGUUGAUGAUGCAUGAUCUAGUUAGGGACAUGGGAAGGGAGAUUAUUCGUGAAAAAUAUCCCAAGGAGCCUGAAAAACGCAGUAGAUUGUGGCUUCAUGAAGAUGUAUGCUAUGUACUCCAAAAAAACAAGGGAACGGAAGCAGUCGAAGGUGUGAUCCUGAUCCUACCCAUGUUAAAGAAGAUACAAUGGAGUAAUAAAGCAUUUGCUAGGAUGCCUAAGUUAAGACUGCUUCAAAUAAAUCAUGUGCACCUCAGUGGAAAUUUUGAACAUCUAUUUGAAGAGUUAAGGUGGCUCUGUUGGCAUAACUGCCCAUUGGAGUAUUUACCAUCCAAUUUUCAUCCAGAGAAACUUCUUGUUUUAGACAUGCAAUUCAGCAGAUUUAAAACACUUCGGAUAGAUGGCAAGCAUCUUCGUGACAGGGAGUUCCCUAGGAAGUUCCUCCAUCGAAUAACAGGGCAUUCUUUGAUAGAAGCGCUAACAACGCCGCGGAUAUAUGACUACAAUUCAAGUUUCAAUGUGGGAGUUGCUUUUUAUAGAGCUGGGGAUGAAGAAAGUUGCUCCAUGGAAUUAGAUGAUUAUCCAUACGCCAUUAUUACUGAUAAAAUUACUAAGAAAAUUCCUAAUAAAAAUGAUGACAUCAGUUUUACUUGUACCCCAACCUUGUUCUUUGUCAUCCCUGAGAGUAGUGGAGAUUAUGUUUGGCGAACCCAUAUAGAAGUUGAAGAAUAUAUUGGGUAUAAAGUUAAAGGUGGUGAGCAAUUCGAGGCUUUUAUCAUGCCUUCACUUUCUGGAGUGGAUC